CCUGUCCAUAGCUGCAGGGGGAAAUGACCUUUUCAUCAGACAAAUAAGAAAUUAGUUGGCAUCUUCACUUCCAUUGUCCUGUAAUGGGGAAACUAAGGUUUGUAGUCCAAAAACUCAUCCUAUCACUUACUCCCUCUAGAGUAGUUCCAGAUUUGUGUGAACGUCUUUGUUCUGCUGAACACGAGGGACAAUAUUUUGUAACCAGGCUGUUCUCAAUUAUCUGAUAGUAUGGCCUCGUUCUAAACUAUUCUAACUCAAACCUUCAGGGAAAACCCUUGUGGAAGCUUGUAAAGUGGUGCUCGAAAAUCAACAAUGGUGGUGUUCGUUUAGCCUUCAUUUUGGUUUUUUUACGUCUGUUUGCAUUUAGGCUUCAAUGCAUAAGUUCAUUUGUGAAGCUCAUGAUAAAACGUAUGAAACUUGUCACCAUUUUUGGAGUCUCUGUUGGUUUAUGAAAACGAUUAUGCAAAAUAAAUGGCGUUUGGAAAGGGUGAGUAAAUAAAGGCGCAUUCCAGUGUUUGUGCGCUGUUCUACAUUUUCUUGUAUUAAUAUUGCAAGUAUUGUUCAUACUGAAAAUUCCAAAAAGCAAAGGAUUGCUUGAAUGAUGCACUUCAUUUAUUUAAAAAAGUAAAGCUAUAAUGGACACUUUAUGCACUGAACUGUCGCAGUUUUAAUUGCAUAUUAAAGGGGGAGGUGUUACUGAUGUUUGAUAAAAUAACUUUGUAUAAUUCAUACUACACAAUACUGUGGUGUUUAGUUUGUGUAUAUCAUUUUGGACGCAAAAGGAAUUUUCAUUAUGGACGAACCAUCACUUAAGUUAAACCACGUCACUUUCAGUGUUUUCAAUUUAGGCUAGCUCUUGCUUAAAGUCACUUUUUCCAUGAAUCUGUCCUUAUUGUGGACAUACUGUGUAGAAGAAUCAAGUUGAGCAGGAAACUCUAUACGGGUCUCCUCCCCUUGCUUUGCUUUCUCUUUGUUCAAAUACCAAUACCUGAGGCACAACAAGGAAGAGCAUUCACUUUGUCAAUAGUUGUUCGCUCUUACAGCUUCACUGUUUUCCUCUCUUUUACUUGCAGAUGAAUCUCCUUUGUUCCGUAAAAGAUGAGGAGACGACAAAUCCUGGCUGUAAGUCUGGCUUUGCUGGGCCUAUGCGGUAUUAUCCUGGUGUGUGCAUUGCCUAUGUGGAAAGUGACGGCCUUCGUGGCAGCAAACAUCGUGACGGCACAGGUUUUCUGGGAAGGCUUGUGGAUGAACUGCGUCCUGCAGAGCACCGGUCAUAUGCAGUGCAAAGCGUACGACUCCAUCCUGGCUCUGACUCAAGAUCUCCAGGCGGCUCGAGCGUUGAUCUGUGCCUCUAUCGCUGUCAGUGCGCUCGCCGUCGGACUGUUCGUUGUCGGAGCCGAUUGCACCAACUUUUACAGAGAAGAGCAGCUUAAAAAGACUAACACUGGAAUAGCCGCUGGUGCAGUCUUUAUAGUUGCGGGUGUAAUGUGUCUCAUUGCUGUCAGCUGGUCGGCGUACGUUAUCAUCGUGGACUUCUAUAAUCCUCAAGCAAUAUCUGGGAGAAAAGGAGAGCUGGGAGCCUCCAUCUAUGUAGGAUGGGUGGCCGGUGUUUUGCUGAUUGUAGGUGGUGGGCUGCUGAUCAGCUCGUACUCCAACAGAUGUUGACCCAGAUGUUUUGGCUGACCCUCACGCGACUCAAGGGAUGCGUCUGAUUGUGUCUGGCGAAUGAUAUAAUUAAAUCCUUUGGUUAAGUCAACCUCUGGCAUAUGGACUCAACACUUUAGCAUUUGUAAAAAUGCCAGUUGCGCAAGGAAAAGCUUCAAACACGCUUAUGUAUAUUUAUAUGUUGCAUAGGAUAUGAUUAAAUAAUACGGGCAUAUCAAGGAAAGUUAAUUGUUACAGCACAUUUCAUGCAUAUUGUAUGAAUGAUCAUUUUAAAUGGUAAUUCAAAGCAUGCUUUACAGAAAGAAGAUUAAAACAAUCAGUGAUUGUACAAACGAAAAAAUUAUAAUAUAUAAAUAUAUAAAAAGGAAACAAAAAUGAUUUUUAAAUGACAUUUUUAUUUUUAAGAAUAAAAGGAAAAUUUUAAAAGAACAAUACAGUGCAAUUGUUACUGCUCAGAAACAGUGUAUGAUAAUAUGUCUUUAUUUUGUCACAAUUUUCUAUGCAUUUGCAGACUCAAAUGUCUUCUGUAGUGUUCAGUCAUUUGAUGUAUAUAGUUAUAAGAUUUCAGUUGGCUUUAAAUUUACCAACUAGUAACAAACUAGCAGUAUUUUAAAUAUUUAGUCUUAUCUUAUAUAAAUGUGAAAAUGUCAAAUAAAUACUACUACUUAAUGCA